GUUGUGGAAACUUCAGUGACGACACAGUUGCAUUUCACGAAAACGAAACUUCACCCAGUUUGAUAAUGAUCAAAGAAAAAGGACAAUUGAAACUACACUGCAGUUAUUGUGCGAAUUCACCACAACAGGUCUUUGGUCUUUUCUGGUACAAGGAGAAUCAGAUGAUUCGUAAUAGUACACACUAUACAAUAACAAAUCACGGCAAAGAUCUUGGUAUUCCUGUGGUGCAGCAAGGAAUGGAUGAGGGACUUUUCAUGUGUGAAGUUGUAUCCUACAAACAGAACAUUUCAAAGCUCAUCACUGUUAUUGUGAAGAAAGCCGAGUUAAAUCCAUUGUUGUUAAGCGUGUUUGCUCAAAACAAGUCAUACCUGUCUGUGCAAAUCGCCUGGCGUCUUACGGAACACGCUGUCUUCAGUGCCUGUCAUGUCAGCCUGAAGCUGAGGCUGUUGAACUCCAGUUCAUGGAGUGAAGAAGUUACCAAUUUAUCUCAAAUACUCGGGUUUUACACAUUCGCACAUCUGCAGCCCAGAAGAAUGUAUUUAUUAAACAUUACACUGCAAAACAAAUACAAGCAGAUUGAGAACAGAGCAGUGGUUUUCUGGUCAGCGGCUUCCAACUCUUCAGAGUUUGAUCAAAGAUUACGGCUUCUCUAUCACGUGAUCAACAAGAGAGCUUUAAGCGUGGCGCUAGGGAUCAUAGGAUUGCUGGGGAUAAUAAUGAUAACAUACGUCUGUGCCUCGUGGUGUUAUUCUGAUAAAAGAGGUUAUUCCAUCCCACCAGCGCAGACGAAGAGACAGGACGAGAAUGACAGUAGUUUUGAAGUAGACACUCACUUGCUUUACAACAGGGCCUUUGAAGACGACAAACUUGAUUGGAUGAACGAGGAAAUAUGAUCGCAAAAUAAAACUAUUUCAAUAUCGUAUUUGAUCAAGCUCUCGAUCUCUUUCAUUACUUUUACAAAGUAUUUUUCCGGCAUCUUUUUUUCUGGAUUUCUUCUCUUCUAUAAAUCUCAACAGUGAAAACACGCAAGUUUUGUUGCCUUUCUUCAAACAAUGGAUGUUGAAACCAAAGAUCGUUUACGACAAGUAAAUUGUAAACUUUUUUACUUCCUCCGGACAUGUUGUAUGAAUGUACAUUUACAUCCUUCACUUUCACCUUUGAAAAGCACACCAGGCAAUAUUUUCUGUAGAAUGCGAAUAAAAAAAACACUGUCUAACGGGGUGAUUUUUAUUUUUAUUUUAAUUAGUGCAUGCUUUAUCUUCAAACACGAGUCAAUCUGUACAACAAUUCCAGCGCUAGAACAUCUAAACAAUAACUACAAAGCACGAAUGAUUACCUAACGUCUUUCACACUAAACGUGCUUCUCACUAAACUUUUCCUGUUUUUUCGACAUUAAAUUGAUAAAAAAAGAAGCCAAAUUGAAUUGAUUUUCUCUCUUGCCUUAAGGCCUACCAAUGUCAAAUACCAUUGGCUU